GUGAGUAUCGCACAUGCAAGGAGAUUUAACAUGGACGACAGUCAUCACAAAAAAUUCAAACUUUGCUAAUUUUAUAACUUUCUCUGCAACCUUUACAAAGAAUAAUGGGUUUAACACGAGAAGAAUCUUAUGAAAUACUAGAGUUACCAGUUGGAGUAGACCAAGAUUCAAUUAGAACAAGUUACAAACGCUUAGCCUUAAAGUGGCACCCAGAUAAACAUAGUGGAUCUCAAGAUGCUCUCACAAAGUUUAAGCUGGUCAGCAAAAGUUACAAAAGACUAACUACAGGAGAAAAUACAGAUGAUAUGACUCUUGAUCAGAUGCUUUCCCUAUUUAAAGAGGUUUUCUUCACCAGACAAGUCAAUUCGUACAAUGGUUCGGGAUAUGACUCCUCUGAUGAUGAUGAUGAUGAGGAUAUUGAGGAGGAAGUGAAAUAUUCUAACCUGUUCCCAGACAAAAUCAAACUGAAACAAGACUGGAAGAAAGCAAGGGAAGAAGGCGAUAUCAUGGGCAAAAAGUUAUCUGCAGAGGAAAUUAGUCGAAAUGCUGAAGAAUUAAUAACAGAAGAAGAGAAAGAAAAGAGAAGAGCAGAGAAAAGAAGAGCAAAGAAAAAGAGAAGAAGAGAUAAGAAAAAACAGGAAAAGCAAGAUACAGAUAUUGUAGAACCUCAGGAGGAAAAGAAAUCAUCAAAACAGAAAAUAAAGGAAAUAUCAGAAACUGUUCCUGAAAAAAAUAAAAAACCGGAUAUGAUGGGUGAUGCAUCAACAUCCUCGGACGAAGCUGGCUUCGAUCCAAAUUCUGCAUUUUUCACCAAAGUUGUGAACAAAAAGAAGAAAUCUCCAUUAGCUGUUGAUUCACAGCCUGCUAGGCAAAGAAAAGACAAGGGAGAAAAAAGUGAAGAAGAAUCUGAAGAAUUAGAUCCAAAAACUCUACGAAGUAGACAACUUGCAAUAAAAGGCAACGAGAUGGCUCAUUUAGGUCACUAUAAUGCUGCAAUAGAACUGUUUAGCGAAGCUAUAAAACUAGAUCCUAAAGAUUUUAGAUUUUUUGGUAACAGAUCCUACUGCUAUGAUAGAAUACAACAAUAUGAAAAAGCAUUAAAAGAUGCAGAAAAAGCAAUAUCUUUAGCAAAAGAUUGGCCGAAAGGCUAUUUUAGACAAGGCCGUGCUCUGGCUGGAUUAAAAAUGUUUCCAGAGGCAGAGCAAGCUUUUACCCAAGUGCUUAAAUUAGAUAAAAAUUGUAAAUGCUGUUCAAGAACUUUUCGAGUGCGAACUCUCAAAAAAAUAAAAAAUCAUAAAAAACCAGUAUUCUUAGUCAGCAUGAUGAAAACCAAAAAAGCAUUGUUGUAUGUUAUAAGUACAUUGAAUGUGUUUUUUGUGUAUUCCAGUAAUGGGACAAUCACUAUAGGAUCUGCUGUGAGAAACCCACAAAAACAGUCUGGACCAGUUAAUGGAAAUGAGUGCUAUUUUUGGAGAACAACUGGAUGUACAUAUGGUGAUAAAUGUCGGAACUCACAUAUACCGGCACAUAAAGGAGUGGAUAGAAAACCGUGGCAACGAGACCAAUAACUCCGGAAUUCAGUGGGUCUGUGCAAAACGUGUGUAAGGAUAAAACUAGCAAAUGUGACAGUUUUGCACUGACCUUCUGGAAAUAAAAUUCUGAAGUGUCGGUUAUUGGAAUAUUUGUGUUGUGUUUGAUAAAUUAAGGAUUAACUGAUAAACAGGAGGUUAUUAAAUCAUUCAAAGUAGUUUUCCUUACAUUUGUCCAGAAGGUUACUUAACAUAACCUUAAAGCCACUGGUAGUGAAAAAUUAAAACAUAUUUUACAGUUUGAUAUAAAAUGAGUAUGAAAUAUAAAACAAAGUGAAAUGCAGGAUUAGUAUGUAAAGUCUCGAUUUUGUUCAAGUGUCUCGGCAUUUUUUUUUCCUGUUGAAUCACUGUUCUUGUACGUGGAUACUUUUCAACUUUUCGUAUGUUAAUUUAUAUGACUGGCCAAUUUUACAAAGUACAAGUUCCUGCAAUUUUCAGUGAGCUUUAUUUUAACCUCAGAUAUGCAGACAAGUUCCUUUAAUGUCAAGAACUGGUGGUUGUCAUGAAUGAACUAUUAUUUUGACAUUACAACAUGCUUAUAGCUUAAUUCUUAAUUCAUCAAAUUUUGUGUAGAUGAUUGAACAGCAUUAGGUUGAAUGUGAUUAUGUAGACAUACAUUAAGGAUCUGUAUCUCAUUUUUAGCUCGACUAUUCGAAGAAUAGUCUAGCUAUUCUACUCACCCUGGCGUCGGCGUCGGCGUCGGCGUCGGCGUCACACCUUGGUUAAGUUUUUGCAUGCAAGUACAUACAGCCAUCAGUGAAAGGCAUAUAGCUUUGAAACUUAUUUCUUCUUUUUCUAGGUCAAUUACCAACCUCUCUGGGUCAAGUCCCAUAACUCUGACAUGUAUUUUGAGCAAAUUAUGCCCCCUUUUGGACUUAGAAAAUUUUGGUUAAAGUUUUACAUGCAAGUUACUAUCUCCAAAACUAAUGCAGAUAUUGAUUUGAAACUUCACAUGUGUCUUCGGGGUUAUAAAACUAGUUGAUAGCAGCAAGUCCCGUAACUCUGACUUUCAUUUUGGCCAAAUUAUGCACCCUUUUGGACUUAGAAAAUUCUGGUUAAAGUUUUGCGUGCAAGUACAUACAACUAUUUCUAAAAGGCAUAUAGAUUUAAAACUUAUUUUUUCUUUUUCUAGAUCAAUUACCAACCUCACUGGGUCAAGUCCCAUAACUCUGACAUGUUAUUUGAGCAAAUUAUGCCCCCUUUUAGACUUAGAAAAUUUUGGUUAAAGUUUUACAUGCAAGUUACUAUCUCCAAAACUAAUGCAGAUAUUGAUUUGAAACUUCACAUGUGUCUUCGGGGUUAUAAAACUAGUUGAUAGCAGCAAGUCCCAUAACUCUGACUUUCAUUUUGGCCAAAUUAUGCCCCCUUUUGGACUUAGAAAAUUCUGGUUAAAGUUUUGCGUGCAAGUACAUACAACUAUUUCUAAAAGGCAUAUAGAUUUAAAACUUAUUUUUUCUUUUUCUAGAUCAAUUACCAACCUCACUGGGUCAAGUCCCAUAACUCUGACAUGUUUUUUGAGCAAAUUAUGCCCCCUUUUAGACUUAGAAAAUUUUGGUUAAAGUUUUACAUGCAAGUUAUUAUCUCCAAAAUAAUGCAGAUAUUGAUUUGAAACUUCACAUGUGUCUUCGGGGUUAUAAAACUAGUUGAUAGGAUCAAGUCCCAUAACUCUGACUUUCAUUUUGGCCAAAUUAUGCCCCCUUUUGGACUUAGAAAAUUCUGGUUGAAGUUUUGCGUGCAAGUACAUACAGCUAUUACUAAAAGGCAUAUAGAUUUGAAACUUAUUUUUUCUUUUUCUAGAUCAAUUACUAACCUCACUGGAUCAAGUCCCAAAACUCUGGCAUGUAUUUUGGGCAAAUUAUGCCCCCUUUUGGACUUUGAAAAUUCUGGUUAAAGUUUUACAUGCAAGUUACUAUCUCCAAAACUAAUGCAGAUAUUGAAUUGAAACUUCUCAUGUGCCUUCGGGGUUAUAAAACUAGUUGAUAGCAGCAAGUCCCAUAACUGAUAUGCAUUUUGGUCAAAUUAUUCCCCCUUUUGAACUUAAAACUCUUUUGAUAUUUAACUUUUUUGGGUAAUAUUUUCCUGCUUCUGGGUCAAUAUUUCGAAUAGUCGAGCUUGGCUGUCUUACGGACAGCUCUUGUUUUUAUAGUGUUUAAGGUGGCCUGCCUCCAGAUGUAAAGAUUGUUUUGUUUAGAAAGCUUUUUUCAUGAAAUAGUGUAAACAGUAAGAUUCGCUGAGUUUUAUUUACUAUUUGUUUCAAAGAACAAGGUUCUUUAAAGAUUUAUGCAGAACAUGUAGUUGUGACUUGAUAAAACACUUUGCAAAUUAAUGGGAAUUCUUUUAAGUAUAUCGAGGCUGUCCCAAAACCCUGUAACUGAAAAUUUUUUUAUCUAAUCUUCAAAAUUUCCUGGUCAUUUCUAUCUAGUCAUCAUCUCAGUAGCCAGUUGAAUUGUUUUAAUACAAAUGUGAAAUAAGGAAAAAACCUGUGUACGUUUUACUUUAAUGAUUAUUCGCUUAUGGGGUUUUAACUCUACUCUUGCAGUUAUGGGUUUUGAGCAACCUGAAAACCCAGUGUAUUUUAGUCAGUCAUUUAUGUUUUAUUAUAUUGAAUACCAUUAAUAAACACAUGAAUUUUUGAAUUUAGAAGAUUUGCAUACAGUUAAGUGAGAUAAAAAAUCCAGUAUGUGCAUUUAAGCCAUAGAACCAAAGUUAAUGAUAUGAAACUCUUGUUUCGAAAAAAACACAAUUUUAAAUUACCAGUAUUUCUUAAAACCUUUGUUCCGAAGGACUCGUGCUUGCUUCAACAGCGUGUAUAGAAUUUUAUCUUCUAGAAAGUUGCCAUUUUGCAGUUACGGGGCUUUUGGAUAGACACCAUUGACAUGUUUGGUGUGUAAAUGUUAAAAGCAUCUCGAAUUAGUUACUGUAGACCAUCCUUCACAACAGAAAUGAUCUCACUACGCCUAUAGUGAAAAGCAAUUUUCUGUCUUUUUGCUGAUAGCGGUACAGUUGUGAUAUAAAGUAGUUUGACUGAAGCUUGACUUAAACUGUUGAUCCCAAAUAAUUGAAGUCAUCUUCAUUUUUGACCUUCGAUAAUUUAAAGGUGUUGCUCUGUUUUUAAAAUUUUUGAUAUAAUGAAAAACAUCUGGAAGCAAGUUGCUAUAAACUGCCAUUUUCAUCCCGGUUGAAGCUCUUUUUUUUCAUACUUUUAUAAGUUAAAGGCAAAAUAUUGUCACUCUGAAAAGAAGAGGAAAAAAAAAACAGUUAGUUGUUCACAUCAUCAUCAAUGAGAAUGUAUAGGAUGUUACAAAAAUACAUAAAUCUAGCCUCUGCAGUAGUAUUCUUUGCUUACUUCCAUUUCUGGCAUUGUGCCAUCACCUAUGGGUUAGCUGAUUUCUAGUAUUGUGCCAUCACCUACAGGUUAGCUGAUUUUUGGCUUUGUGCCAUCACUUACAGGUUAGUUGAUUUCUGGCUUUGUGCCAUCACCUACAGGUUAGCUGAUUUCUGGCAUUGUGCCAUCACCUACAGGUUAGCUGAUUUUUGGCUUUGUGCCAUCACUUACAGGUUAGUUGAUUUCUGGCUUUGUGCCAUCAACUACAGGUUAGCUGAUUUUUCUGGCUUUGUGCCAACACCUCCAGGUUAACUGAUAUUUGACAUUGUGGCAUCACAUCUGAGUUAACUGAUUUCUGGCAUUUUGCUGUCACAUACAGUUAAGCGUUUUUCGUGUAUUGCGCAGUCAUAUGCAGUUUGUGCCAUCACAUAAAGGUGGAUGUCUGUGGCUGAGUGGUUACGUCACGUACUGUGAAUCCUUUGCCCUUCACUGUAUUGCUGGGGGUGAGGAAGCCAUCCGGCUUGCUUACAGGUCAGUGGAUCUAUGCCUGAAGCAAUGCCUGGAGAUCUUAGCUGGACAAGCCACGGUAUGAUCUACAUUGUGUCAGUGAACAAGAAUAAAGAAAUAAAAACAGACCAUCUUAAAAUCAUCUCCUUUUGAACGCUACACAUAGAUUGUAAAAAUAGAUAGGUUAGCCAGUUAGUGUCAGUCAAUAAGAAGCGCACAAACCUUUUAAUUAUUUUUUUUUUUUUUGAAAAUAGAACCCAACAAUAUAUACUACCAGUGUUUAGUGACAGAAAUGUAGAUAAUACAUACUGACCUAACAGUUAAUGCUCUUGCCAUGUUUCGAUAUUGAUUUUAUUAUCUUUUUUAAACAAAAUUUAUGUCUUUAUAUUGAUAUGUGCAUAGUACCAGUGUAAACAUUUAGAAUAAUCUGCUUUGAAAUUUUUGCUUGUUCUUCAAAUGAUUGGAGCCUCACCAUGAAAAAACCAACAUAGUGUGUUUGCGACCAGUAAGAUCCAGACCAGCGGAUGCGCAGCCAGACCAGCCUGCGCAUCCGUGCAGUCUGAUCAGGAUCCAUGCUGUUCGCUUACCGUUUCUCUAAUUGUUGUAGGCUUUGAAAGCGAACAGCAUGGAUACUGACUAGAUUGCAUGGAUGCGCAGGCUGGUCUGAAUCCGUGCUGGUCGCAAACGCACUGUGUUGGUUUUCUCAUGGCGCGGCUCAUUUAUGGUUUACAGUAAGGCAGUGUUUUUAUAUACAAACUUGCAAUAAAACAGAAGUUUGUUUUAUAAUCUGUUUUUCAUACAACACCCUAAAGCGUUGAAUUGUGAUAAAUUCAAAAUAGAAUCAAGUAUUAAAAUAUAGACUUUAGUAAUGUUUUGAUAUGUUGAGUUCCCUUACCUGGGGCUUAUCUGGUUUCCGCCUUGAAAUCUGUUGUCUUUUGAUAAGAUUUAUUUUAGUUAAAGCUGUUUUCUCAGUUUAAUUUUUUACUGCACGAUACAUUUUGUAAUACAAAGGAAAAAUAUGAUUGUUUAAAUAGAGCCGGUUUGAUAAUUUGUUACAUGUAUAUGUGCAUGCAUGAAGAAAAGCAUUGUUCCAUUAAGCUCAUAACCAAAGAUAGUAGUUCCACAGCCCGCGUUUUUUGCCAUGACACCAGGUUACAUCCAUUCAUUUUCUAUAGCAUAUGGUCUGUAUAAAGCCUUUUCAGGGGCUUGAAAUAUACUUGCUUGGUAUGUGGUACUCUGUUUCUGUUGGUAUAUUCGAUGGAUGGGGAUAAUAUUUUGUUUAAAGGUGCAAGAUGGGAAACAAAACAAAUGCAUAUGAUAAGAGUAAUUGUAAUGUCACGCAUCCCAUUUAGUUUGAAGAUUGUUACUUAGUACAUAAAAGUACAUAAAAACUUGGCAUGUGAUAGUUCUGUGAAGAUUUUAUACUUUUUGUUCGUUUUUUUUAACUGUUAAGUUUGUAAAAUUUUUGGAUUAUUUCAGAUUCUGCGAGUAUUGAUGACAAAUAAUCAAAAUAAUGCAAACUGCUGCACUUAUGUUCUCAAUAUAGCAUUUUAGAAAUGUGAUGUAUGCCUUGAUGAUAUGUUUUUUUAUAAAUAGACAUUUAGAAUCUGGUAAAAUUGGAAAUAUUUGCAAAACUAAAUUCCUUUGCUCAAAAAGCAAGUAAAAAAAAAAAUGCAAAUUAUCGCAUGCUGUCUUUUUGAUGGCAAACUGUCCUAACUUAAAUUUACUAAAGAAGUUAAGUUACUUUGCCAUUCAGACCUCAAUAUGGGAGUGUGUAUUCUGUGGAAUAGUAUAUAGCACACUUAUCUUCUUCCAAUUUACCCAAAUAAAAUUUAGACUUUGUAGAAUUUCUGUUGUGCAAGAGUUAUCAGCUGUUUGAAGAAAAAUGUUAUUUUUAAAAUCUAAUUAUAGCAAUAUCCAUCAUAGCAGUAUUCAUCUAGUUGCUCCAUUUUCUUUUAUGCUGUAUGUAUCUAAAUUGUUAGAUUUUAAGAUAUGCCUUUGGCGUAACUAAAUUGCUCUGAAGUGCUGGAUUUAUACAUAAAAAAUCUCCAUUUUUCAUGCAUAUUUGUGAGGUUACAGGGGUUAGGUUUUAUUUGCGAGUAUGAGAUAUUUUUUGGUAAGGUUGAUGGAUUAGAAAUUGUCUGUGUUAUUAAUUUUGUGCUAUUUUAUAGUUUUACAAAAAAAGUUCAUGCUGCCUGGGUUAUUUAUAUAGAAAGAGAUAUAGUAAGACAAGAACAUUUUUAUCCACUUGAUUUCUUAAUGUUUUAGCUGUCAGUUUUUCAAAAGAAAAAACAACAACAAAUUGGAGGCAGUUACUUACAGACUGUCAAAACAAAAAGCAGCAGUAAUGUUACUUUUAGUUGAGUGAGAAAAACUAUCCUUACAGCCUUUUUUGUGCCAAUAUUUUAAUAGUGUUUUGGCUAUAACACAGUCAAGUGGUUGGAUUUGUUGUUGCUGGGAACUGCUUUAACCAAAAUAACUAAUAGUACCUUGAUGAAAUACAACUAAAAUGUACUUUAUAUAUAGAUAUAUAUAUUUAUAUUGAAAUAUCCAAAUAGUAAUUGAACUAUAGGCUUUGUUUUGAAAGUAAGCAGUUCUUUAACAGUGAAAUGUGCUAAAAGAGAGUAAACACUUUGAUUUCACAGGUCUUGUAUGUUAGAAAUGGGAUGAUAAUUUUUAUCUUUCCAUGUAUUUCUGUACAAAAAAUGUGCUAAAGUAAUACUUAGCAGUAUUUGAGAAGAUUCUCAAAAAAUAUUCAUAUGAGCCACGCCAUGAGAAAACCAACAUAGUGGCAUUGCGACCAGCAUGGAUCCAGACCAGCCUGCGCAGUCAGGAUCCGUGCUGUUCGCUAACAGUUUCCCUAAUUGCAAUAGGCUUUGAAAGCAAACAGCAUGGAUCCUGACCAGUCUGCGUGGAUGCGCAGGCUGGUCUGGAUCCAUGCUGGUUGCAAAGCCACUAUGUUGGAUUUCCCAUGGAAGCCUCAUAUUUUGAAUGUUUUGCAAUGACAAACAAGUGUAGAUUUGUUAUCUAUGUAAGGGUCCAACAUUGGUGUAUAUUUUACUUGUUUGAAAUGUAUAUUUCCUUUUUCAUCUUGUGUUUUACACAUUGAUCACUGACAGAUGAUUUAUUUGAACUGUAGAUACUGUAUGUAUUGAACCACCAAAGCAAAUCUUUCUGCUCAGAUAUAAAACAUGUAAUGUUUCUCAUCACUAAUAGACGAUGCAAGUGUGUAAUUGUCUUCUAAAUUGUCGUGUACUUCGGGUUAUGCCAAUUUUUUGUUGCAGAUCAGAUUAUCAUUCAAAGUCAUACAUACUGCUUUCUACUUCUGGCUUUACCAUGUGGCAUUGCUUUUGUUUGACACAAAUUUCAUAGUUCUCUUAAACUUCAAUAUUCACAUAUUUUUUGUUGCUAAAGUUGCAACUUGUUAGCGAAAGCGGUCAGUGGUUGUAUUCCCAUACUUGCCAGUAUUUAGAAUAAUGCCUGCAGGGUCACCCUAGGAUUUUAUUAGGAUGUCAGCCAUAAUCUUCUACCUGCCUUUGUAAACAAAUACAUUUUGCUCUUGAUUUUGUAAAAAAUCUGUGAGUUGAUGUAGUCACUUGCUCGUCAUUUGGUAAGAUUUUUGUUUGGGUCCACAAUUUUUCAUAAAGUAUAAGAGCUAUACUUUUGAAACUAAGAAUACUGGUCAUCAUUAGGUGACUAGGUAGGCCAGUAACAAUAAUUCACAACCUUUGUCCUUUUUUGUACUUUCCUAAAUAAAAUUUUUUAUUUAGCUUUGUUUUCUUGAAUACUACAAGAGCAGUAGCUUUGAAACUACACACUAAGUCUUGUUUUUCAUCAUUAGAUGAGUAUUUUGGACAAGAACUAUAACUCUCGCUUGCAUUUUGUCAGAAUUAUGGCCCUUUUUGUACUUUGAAAGUUUGAAUUUUACUUGGUGAAAUUUUUUUAUUAGGUCCUCUUUACUUAAUACUGCAGGAGCAAUUAUUUUGACAUUUUCAAACUUGUCAGAGUUAUGGCACAUUAAAACUUAGAUAAUUUCUUGAUUUUUUUUUGUUUAUGUCCACUUUUCUUGGAAACUAUAACUUGUUACUUCAUACAUUCUCUUGUCAUAAAUAGAUAAGAAGGCCAAGAACCAUAACUCUUUUCUUGCAUGUUGUCUUAUGUAAAGCACUUAAAGACGAGUGUUGGCACCUGCAGGUGGUGCUCUUGUUGUAGCUUUCUAUCCUUUCAUAGCAAUAAGAUCUGUGCUGCUGCUUGUUGUUUUUUUAAACAAUUUUUUAUGUCCCCACAUUUAUGUGUUUCUGUGGGGUGUAUAUAGCGAUGCAGCUGUCCGUAUGUCCAUCUGUAUGUCCCAAAAUCUUGUGUUUCCAACUCCUCCCACACAAUUAGCCUGGUUUGCUUCAGUCUUUCACAGAUAAACAACCUUGAUGUGCAGAUGACCACAAAGGAAGGAAUAUUUUCUGUGACUAUUUUUACCUCAGUUAUGGCCCUUAGAUAGUUUUACAUAUAGAAUAUAGAGAAAAAUCUUGUGUGUCCAACUCCUCCAACACUAUUAAACUGACUUGCUUCAAACUUUCACAGAUGAACAAGCUUGAUGUGUAGAUGACUAUGUUUACCACAGUUAUGGCCCUUUGAUAGUUUUGCUAUAUAAAAUAGAAAGAAAAAUCUUGUGUGUCCAACUCGUCAAACAGUGCUGAAAAGAUAUGCUUGAAAGUUUCACAAAUGAAGUACCUUCAUGUGAAGAUGACCAUAAAUAAUAGACUUUUUUCUGUGGCUAUUUAUUUCUAGAAUUAUGGCCCUUUCUUAAUUUAACAAUAUAGUCCAUAGUGAAGAAAUUUGGUUUAAUCAAUUGCUCAUACACAUUUUUAAGGAAUGGGUUCAAAGUUGCUCAGAUGCAGAACCUUAUCUGAAUACAAUUUGCUUCAAACUUUUAGUCGAACACCCUUCAUGUGAAGAUGGUCUGUACUAAAAUCUUUGCUAUUUAGAGAAUGGCACAGUAUGUGGGGGCAUCGGUGUUCAAUGGACACAGUUCUAGUUAAUAAUGACAUUACAUUGGGCUAGGUUUAACAUUUGUCUCAUCAAGUUUGAAUUAACUGGACGUUUACGUUUUUGUGUUAAUUUCAUUGCAGCUGUUAAAACUGUAUGUCCAAAAUGCACUUUAUCACAUGAUAGUAUUUUCUUACUCUUUAUGAUUAUUGUUAUAUGUAUAGGAAUAUGCCAGUGGACUUGUCAGGUUAUCACAAAUAACUCUUGUUAUAAAAUGAGCCGUGCCAUGAGAAAACCAACAUAGUGGGUUUGCGACCAGCAUGGAUCCAGGCCAGCCUGCGAAUCUGCGCAGUCUGGUCAGGAUCCAUGCUGUUCGCUUUCAAAGCCUAUUGGAAUUAGAAAAAAUGUUAGCGAACAGCAUCGAUCCUGACCAGACUGCGCGGAUGCCAUUAUGUUGAUUUUCUCAUGGCACGGCUCAAAUAAAGAUGAAGUUUUACUGAACUUGGUGGGAUGCCAGAGAUUAAAAUAUAUCAAUAUAUGACCCUUUUAAUGAUUCCUUCUCAUAAACUGCUUGAUUGAUCAUCACCAAACUUGGUCAGAAGCACCCCGGCUUGAAAAUGAUGUAAACUGCAAAAGGGGAAGGAACUGUAUGCAAAUACACAUGCAUAUCAUGAUAUAUUUAUUAUAGAUGUGUGUUUGUAGUGUAUUUUUAUUAUGAUUUAAAUCCAUUUUAAGGCAAUUGAAGCUAGAGUUUUGAUCAUUUGUACACAUCAAUAAAAAGUAGCACGCCAACACAUUUUACCAGCCAGCGAAAAUAUAAAAAACAUGAAAAAAGUUCUUGCAUGUUUUUGAAAAAAAAUACAAGUGGCAAAUCUGAUGCACAACUAUUUUAAUUUGUUGAGGCUUCGCAGUUACUGAACAUUGAUAUUCAAGUUAUAAAAGAGAGAGUUGGGGUAAUAUGCUUGCCUGUGUGAAAACAAGCUUUAAUUUGUUGAGGCCUUAGGUACAUAUUUCUUAGUUACUGAACAUUGUUAUUCAAGUUUUAAAAGAGAGAGAGAUGGGGGUAUAUGCCUGCCUAUGUGAAAACAAGCUUUCAUAUGUUAGAUUUUAUCAAGGUAUUGAAAUUGAGUAUAUUCUGCACUCAAAAUACAAUUUCCUGACUGGUAUAAACACAUUUUGAGAUGCUGACAAGUCCACAGCAGUUUUUCCUAUCCAAUUUAGUAUUAGUAUAUUUUUCAUGUGUUGUUGAUAUUGAUGUGCAUCUGAUAAAAAAGACAGCAAAAAUGUGCGAGAGAAGUUUGCUCUGUGUACAGAUGUAAAUAUUUAUUUUAAUGCAAGUUUUUACUGUAAAGUUUGAAACGCAUUGAUGGAAAAGUUAUUUUACUACAGCCAGCAGUAUUUUAUAGUGUUGACUUUGGUUGUAGGAAAAUUACAUUUUCUCAGAAACUUG